CUCCCCACACCUCUGUCCUCCAUGAUUGCCUUCACUCCUGAGCUCCAAGAAACAAACACACUCUCUCUUCUCUUCUCUCCUCACACUCCCUCUCUCCUCGGGUGUACGGCGCUCUCCAUGUGUAGGAUGACGAUGAUGGCCUAGGGGGUGGGUGUGUGGUGGGAUGGGGAGCAGCAGCUGGAUCUCUUCCCUGGGUUCGCGCUCGCGGCUGCGCUGAAAGAUCCAUCCUUCCCUCAAGAUCCUCUCCUGCUCAAGGAAGUUCGCCUGCAGUAGAUCUUCAUGUAGGUUGGUUCCUUACUGAAUUUCAGAACAAGUUCUCUGAACCCUGAAGAAUCCAAGGAGUGCUAUUCUGUUCUGCUCUCUUUGGUGGCUUUGAUGGCGAGGAGGAUGUCGCCGAACAAUCCGAUGCGCAAGUACUCGUGGUGGUGGGAUAGUCAUAUCUGUCCUAAGAACUCCAAAUGGCUCCAGGAAAACCUCUCAGAUACGGAUAGCAAAAUCAAAGUUAUGAUCAAGAUCAUUGAUGAGGAUGCUGACUCGUUCGCAAGAAGAGCAGAAAUGUACUACAAAAGGCGCCCGGAGCUGAUGUCCUUGCUUGAGGAAUUAUACCGUGCUUACCGAGCUUUAGCUGAAAGAUAUGAUCAUGCAGCUGGGGAGCUCCGACAGGCUCAUAAAAAAAUGGCAGAAGUAUUUCCCGACGAGUAUCUGAUAGAUUUGGAUGAUGACCUGCCAUCUGAAACUGCAUCGUCUGAAACUGACUCUGACAAUCGUGGCGAUAUGACACCAUUUUUCCGCUCUUUCAUCAGCACUGGUGAUUCGAAAAGGCGUAGCAGAGAUGACCAGGACCAUGAGAAGCUACAGAAAGAAAUUUCAAGCUUGUCACAGGAAAAUCAAGACCUUAAGAAGAAGAUUUCGUCAGUGUUAGAAAAGAGUGAAAGCGCUGAAUCGGAAGUUCUUUGCCUGAAGAAGGCCCUUGCUCAACAAGAAUCGGAGAGGGAAGCUGCGGUUUCACAGUGCCAGCAGUCAGGUGACAGGUUACAGAACCUCAAGUCUGAAAUAUCACAUACCCAGGAGGAAUUCAAGAGGCUGAAAGAGGAGAUGCAAAACGGGCUGCAGAAUUUAAGUGCUGCAGAGGAACAGUGCCUUCUGCUUGAGAGGGCUAACCAGGGUUUGCAUUUGGAGCUAGAUAAACUGAAGUGUGCUUCAAAAGAGAAGCAUGAAGAGCUUAAUGAGAAACACAUCGAGUUGGAAAAGCUUAGCAUCUCUAUACAAGAAGAGCAACUCAAAAGCAUGCAAGCGGAAAUGGCACGGCUGUCUUUAGAGAAGCAACUGGCACAAGUACAGGAGAAGCUAAGACUUUUGUCUCUUGAAAAGCAUGGCGAAACAAACAAGUUUAAGGACAUUGAAGCAAGCAAACUUAUGCUUCAUAACGAAUUGGAGAAGAUUCGUGAAGAGAACCGCAAGCUGGAUGAUCAAAACCACUCCUCUAGAUCUGUGAUAAUUCGCUUGCAGGAUGAGAUAAUUUUCCUGAAGAAUGCACAGCGGCGACUUGAGGAGGAGGUGUCUCGGCAUGUGGAGGAAAAGAAAGUACUUCAGCAUGAACUUUCAAACAUAAAGAAUGACAGGGGUGAUGUCGAGAGGAAGCACUUUUCGAUCAAGGAACAAAUAGAAGUGGUUAAUUUCAAUGUGGAAUCUCUCCAAGCACUGGCUCAAGAGAUGAGGGAUGGAAAUGUUGAGCUAAAAGAGACCAUCAAAAACCACGAUGGUGUGAAAGCACUGUAUGUUGAGAAUCUGAUGCAGCUAGAGAGAACAUUGGAGAAAAAUGCUCAUUUGGAGAGAUCUUUGUCAGCUGCUACUACUGAGGUUGCAGGACUGAGAGAGAACAAGCUUGCAUUGGAAGAGUCUUGCAAGCACCUCAGCUCCAGGGUUAGUGGACACCAGUCUGAGCGUGCCAUGUUCAUUGCGCGGGUCGAGGGAAUUUCUCAUACCAUGGAGAAGCUAUCAGAGAAGAACGUGUUCUUGGAAAGUUUGUUAUCUGAAAACAAUUCUGAGGUUGAGAGCCAUAGAAGGAAGCUGAAAGACAUGGAAGAGUCUGCACAGGCACUCCGCAAUCAGAAUUCCCUACUUAGAUCUGACAAGAGAACACUUGUGCACGAGGUGGAUAGCAUCAAUGGUGCUCUACUUGAUUUGGAAACCCAGUAUGCAGAGUUAGAAGGACGACACUUGGAUCUCCAGCAGGAGAAAAGCAAGGUUCGUAAUGAAGUAGUCAAGCUACAGGAACUGUUAAGGCUAGAGAAAGAGAAGAGCAAAGAACUCACCCACUCAGACAAGACUCAGUUCAGUGCAAUACAGAAGCAGAUAGCCCUACUGCUAGAAGAUGGGCGGUGUAAGGAGAACCAGCUUCAAGAGGAAGAGCACAAGAUUGUUGAAUCUCAGAUCGAGAUUUUCGUCUUGCAGAGGUGCUUAGGUGACAUGGCAGAAGCAAAUUCUGAUGUAUCAGGGCAACUGCAGAAGCAACAAGAGUCGCACAAGGUUCUUGAGGAGAAGUUGGCCUUUUUGUCACAAAACAACCAGAAGCUUACUGAAGGGAUUAGUUCUGUGAUGGAAGUACUACAGUUUGAUGAGAAAUAUGGAUCCUUGGAUCUGAUGAAGCUUGACGUAGUUGUGCAGCUUAUCUUGCAUGAGAUCAAGUGCUUGCUGAAUACUAUCUCUGAUGCCCAGGAUGUGAAGCAGAACCAGAUCCUCGAGAAGUCGCUUGUUGUCACGCUUCUGGAGCAUUUUGGGCGAGAGGUGGCAGAUCUGAGGUCAGAAAGGAGUGUUCUGAGGCAAGAGUGGCAAGCGAAGAGCGAGGAGCUGCUACAACUUCAGAGUGAAAGGCAUGACCUCGUAAAGACCAGCUGUGAGUUACGGAAGGACAUGGAGGCCCGUAACCGCAAAGUGGAUGAGAUGAAAUCCGAGUCCAAGUUCUUGGUUCGACAACUCUCCGAGCUGCAAGAGUCACGACAAUCAUUGCAAGCUGAGAUUAUUAAGCUGAUAGAAGAGAACUCCUCACUGGCAGGCAAACUUUAUGACUCAAGGGAGAAAGAGAAGUUGUUUGAAGACGAUUUCAGUACUCUAAUUGGUGAAGCAGUUAGGACAGAUAUCCUUGGUGUCAUUUUCAGAAGCCUCCACGAUGAGAGGACAUCAGAAUUGCAAUGUUUGCACGAUGAUUUCGGGUCUCUCCAUGCGGCAGGCAAUGAGCUGUACCAGGAAAUCAGACUGAUGAACAAGAAGCUUGGAGAUCUACAGCUUGAGAAUAACUACCUUGAGAAGGAGCUCAGUAGAACUAUAAGCAUCUGUGAUGGCUCUAGUCCAGAGACUGGUUCUGCAAGAAGACGUACUCUGCGAAGAGAUACCAAGCUACUGAAAUCUGGCAGGAAGAGCCAACAGGAGAGUGCGGUGAACAUGGAACAGCGCAAAGAAGUCGACAAUGCUGGCCUUGAAAAAUCAAACGAAAUGUUGAGGGAAGAGCUUCACAAGCUGCAGAGUGAAAUGCAACUGCUUAGGAACAAUGAGCAGCCAGUGAUUGAUGUGAGGUCUUGCGAUGCAGAGAUCUCGAAAUUGCUGGCCAACAUGCAAAUCGCCACUGCCAAUGCAGCUCUCUUCAAGGAGAAAGUCCUUGAGCUCAUUGUAACAUGUGAGAGUUGUGAGAUAAGUGAAAUAGUACAGAAGGAAGUGUUGAAGGAGGAGAUCAGUCGGAGAAAUUCGUACGUGGAUGCACUGAAGGACAAGCUAAGUGCUGUUGAGAUUGAGAACAGAAGGCUGAAGGUUGACCUGAAUGGCGACUUCACAGUACUAGGCGCAUUGCAAACUGAAGUCGAUGCAUUGGAGAGACAAACCCUGUCACUUGCCAAGGAUUGCGUGCCAUCGAGCAAACACAGGAAGGAGGAAUUUCUGUUGUCACCUCAGCUCUCAAAGAUUGCUGUGAGACCAAGUGAUGACCAAAACUCACCUAAACUGGUAAAAGACAUGGAGCUGCAGAAACUGCAUGGAACGAUCAAAGCACUCCAGAAGGUGGUUACAGACACUGGAGUUGUCCUCGAGCAAGAAAGGCUUGAUUUCAGCAGCAAUCUCCAGGACGCCAGGAAGCAGAUUGAAAUGCUCAAGCUCAAGGACAUCUUGGACAGUGACGCUGGCGACGUGAACUACGAGCGGAUGCUGAAGGACAUUCAGCUUGACCUUGUCCAGACUCCCAGCCGCCGAGCCAUCGGCUCACACCGCCUCAAGAAGAAGAUCACAGCACAACCUGACGACAAGAUGCUCGCGCUGUGGAGCGUGGUCAGGACGAGCAGCGGCAGCGGAAGGCACGAUGACCUGCGGCCGCCACAGAGCGAGGCGGCAUCCGAGAAGGACAAGGGUAAACGGUACUCUUCUGAGGUGAUGCUGGUGAAGGAUCUCGGUGUCGACAAGCAGGAGGAGGUACCAAGGCCCGUCGCCACAACGGAGCCGCACCGCGAGUGGAAGAAGAAGGUCAUCGAGCGGCUCUCCUCGGACGCGCAGAGGCUGAGGGACCUCCAGUCCAUCCUCCAGGAGCUGCGGGCAAGCGUGGAGGCGUCAGGGGAGAGCGAGCUGGAGAGCGUGAGGGCGCAGAUGGUGGAGUCUGAGGAGGCCAUCACGCAGCUGAUCGAUGCCAACGGCAAGCUGCUGUCGAAGGCUGAGGAGUUCACCUCCGCAGACGGGCUGGACGGCGGGAGCGUGGACCUCCGGAGCCGGAGCCAGCGCAAGAUCCUGGAGCGGGUGCGGAAGAUGUCGGAGAAGGUGGGGCGGCUGGAGAUGGAGAUGCAGAAGUUCCAGCAGGUGCUGCUGAAGCACGAGGAGGAGCGCGCCAGCCGGCGUGCCUCGAAGACGGUGCAGCGGCGGUCCAGGGUGCAGCUGGUGGAGUACCUCUACGGGAAGAGGCGUGGUGACGCCCCCCGCCGGACCAAGCGCGGGCCCUCCUGCUGCAUGAGGGCAAAGGCCAUGGACGACUGACUUCUUCCAGUUCUAGAAAGGCUUAUUGUCAGUUUCUUUUACUACCUAGUUUUACUUCAUCUUCAGAAAAUGCAGCAAACAUUGCUCCUGUUUAAUUUUAUGCUGCUGUUCUAGGUAAAUAAUUAUGUGAACUGUCGAUCUUUAGUUUCUUCGUUAUAUCAAGGAUGUAAAUGGUAGCCGUGGGGAUUCGUGGUAAAGCUAUAUGAUAAACUGUUAAUUUCAUCGUAAAA